CUGACCACUAGACCACAGAGGCGGUCAUUCACUGCUACAACUCAGAAAAAUUCUUCAUUGUGAUGAAUAUUUAAUUGAAGUCUGAAUACUUUACUUUGAUGGUGUAAUAUUAAUCCCAAAUUGCCAAGCUUGCCCAAAGAGUAUAAUUAUAAGUAUUAAGCAGUUUUAGUAACACAUUUUACUUGAAUCCAUUGUUUGCACUUCAUACAGGCCAAUGGACAGACAGUCUGUGACAACAUAACAAGAAUUUUUUUUAUUGUUAAAUGCAUGAAAUAAUUAUAUUUGAAUAUGAAGAGUACUACACCCGAGUACCAGAAGUCAUGGGAUGGGUACCUAGUAUCGUGUAGGACCACCUCUAGCCCGGCGAAGUGCAGCAACUCGACAUGGCAUCGAUUCCACAUGUGAAUGGAAGACCUCUGGGGAGUUAUUGAUACAUGCCUUCUGGGUAGUCGUCCACAGUUCCCUGGUAUUUGUAGGUGCAGGAUCUUGUGUGUGAAUAGACCUCUCCACCAUGUCCAUUAAAUGCUCAAUUGGGUUCAUGUCGGGCAAAUAUGGUGGCCACACCAUUCGUCAGAACUAUCCGGAAUACUCCUCUAACCAAUUCUGUACAACUUGGGCCUGAUGACAUGGUGCAUUGUCCUACUGGAAUAUCCCAUUGUUGUGGGGGAGUCCGUGAAGAGUUGCAGAUGGUCACCAAGCAGUGCAAUGUAGCGGUCACUGGUUAAUGAUGUGUUUAGGUGAAAAGCGGUCCCAACCCAUACCACAUGAACACACCCCUCACCAGUCUGGAACCACCACCAGCCUGCAUGGUGCCUUGUUGACAACUGGGGUCUGCACCACACCCGAACCCUUCCAUCUGCCUGAAACAACUGGUACCGUGACUCAUUGGACGACACCACAUGUUGCCAGUCCAGGGUCCAAUUAGCGACGACACUAGUCCAGGUGAGGCCAUGCCUAGUGUCAUGAUGUUAACAGGGGCACUCUGGCGGCCCUUCUGCUCCCAUAUCCCAUGGAAGCUAAAGAAUGCUGCACUGACCUGCUGGAUAUGCGUCUGGGACCUCCUGCAUUGAAUGUGGAUGUGAUUUCAACCAGUGUCACUCGUCUGUUACCAUGGACAAUUCUAGCUAGAUGCCAUUGGUCAUGAUCUUUAAACACCCGUGGUCGGCCACAGUACUGUCCAUGGUGGCUGGUAAUGCCUUCCAUAAGGUAUUCUCAGUACAAACAUGACACUGUGGACCGAGGAAUGUGGAAUGGCCACACAUUUUCGGAAAUGGAAUAUCCCAUCCAUAUGGCACCCACUAUCAUACCCCGUUCAGACUCUGAUAAUUUGCAUCGCCUUCCCAUGAGCAGACUCGCCAGUGUUCAGCCUGACUCACGAGAGAACACCUCACAACUGAAACUGCUCUGGGCAUUCUCAGGCUGUCAAGGUACUGUGGCACCAAAAUUUACAUACUGCUAUACCAUGACUGUUGGCACUUGAGUAUGUAUAUUCAGUAAUGUAACACUGUGUAAUCUGGUAGUCCAUCGAACUACAAAGCAUUACAUCACAGAAGAUAGAACUUUUAAUAGUUACCACUGUGAGAAUCUGAUACUCAAUAUAUUUAGCCAUAAUUAUUUUUUAUUCCUGUUUUGUCCCUGAGAAACUCUGUGAUGUAUUUCAGAGAUACUGAAUUCAAAUGUUAAGCCAGAGUUGACCAUCUUCAUUGAAGUUGUUUGCAUUUAUUCUCAGUCUGUGUAGGUGAAUGCUGGAAUCCUAAUGUUAACACAAAUGCAGCUGCGAUAGCAUAGUUUAUUUUCAUCCUUUAAGCUAUGGUACUUAUUUUCUCACCGUAACAAACCCAGCAGUUGUGAUCCUGUAUUUGUAAACUGGUUGUACAGAAUAAAAUAGAGACCAAUGCUGGCAUGAACGGAAUGAAAUAGUCACUGUCAUAUAUUUAAUAUUUCUGCAAUGUGUGAAAAAUAACUGUAAUUACUGCACAAAGCAGAGAUUUCUGAAGACAGGCAUGUCAUGAGAAGUGUACUUAGACUUGGUUAUUUAGCCAUUGUUGAGGUACCUUUCGAAAUAAGUACUGAAGAUGAAAGAUUUCUGCAAGAAGCAAAGAAAUACGAGUACACGAGUUUGAAGAUGUCAGACCUGGACGACUGCCAACAUCGAGUGAGUAAAAAUCAUCCAAUAAGAAUUAAGUUUGUUAAUGUGGUAACGGGUAUAAUGAAAGUUUUUAUAAGAUUAAAACAAUACAAAUUCUGUGCAGGUUGUCGUGAAUAUCCAUAAAAGAUGUUCGGAUCUGACAGAGGAAGAACUGGCCAAAAUGAGCGUGAAUCUAUUGAACUGUCAGUCUGCAGUGGAGGGGACACAACAUUUUCCCUGUACUACCAGAAUGAGCCUUCAAGAGUGCACAAGUUCGAUGGACCCAGACAUGUGGAAUGCAUACCAUCUGAUGAACAACCGAGCCAGGGCCGUUUGUUAUGCUGCCAGAAACCAGCAGUUUCGAGCUCUCUCAGAGAUGACAGUCGACAAACUCAUGGACUCUGCACACAGCCACCUCAACACGAUGGACUCUCUCAAGGAAGACCAUCAGAAGUUGGAAUCACUGACAGCUAGUACAUUGGAAGCUGUGUCUUAUGGUCACCAGUCCCUUAUGGAUCAGCAGGAGAAGUUAAGAGUUACCCAACACAGCAUUCAGGAUUCCGUAUCCCUGAAUCUGCGAGAGCUGACACGAGAGAAAGUGCUGAUAGCGUCAGGUCACCAUGAACUUGUCAAGAUGAUGGAUGAUGUCAGAAACAAAUUAGAUGAGGCGAGUUUGGAAUUCAGCAGCCAGGUGAACGAGCGCCAUGAGAAUCACAAGCAACUGCGGGAAGAUCUGCAGACUGUCAUGGAGCAGGUGGCUCUCCUCUGGCAGAGGAUUGAUCACAGCACGCAGGAGAUCCUUGCACGCCAUGAGUCGGCAAGAGCGCAGUACAACUCGGCACUCUACAAGCUGUCACAGAUCAGUGCCACAGUCAACUUCCUCCUGGAUCUGCUGGACAAGACCAGACAGGAAUUUGAUGAGCGCCUGGGCUGGCUCAACAACCUGACGCCGGAUACUGGCAACCAGCUGGAUCACCUUUACAGCUGUGUACUUCACUUUCUGUACCUGAUUGUGGGAAUGAUUACUGCAGCAUUUAUCAGAGCUCCGACCACCUCACGCGCUUUCCUCCUCCUCUUUGUGCCUCUGAACCUUGCUGUCACAUACACUCAUGGGGACGCAGCUGCCCUUAACUUCCCAUCCAUGACCAUACUCAUCUUAGCGUCAACAGCAGCCUGCUACGUGAUCCAGAGAGCACUACAUUAUUGGACAUCCAGACAGCCGAGACCCGUGUCCAGCCUUCAUGGCAGCCAACCACAGCCAAUGACCAAUGGGUUCAUUACUAACCCAUUUCCACCUAUGAAGCCUGUUGCUGUUAUGCUGUCUCAAAGGAGCAGCAUAAACAUGCUAUCGCUCUUCGCUGGAGACCCUGGCAGAAGACUGAAGUCUCUCGUGAACAGAUGCCCUAGUCCCUUGAAGUCCAUGUCAGCUGCUGCCUCAUCCAGAGGGGACUCUCCACGGCCUGAUGAGAGGGUCCGCAUUCUGACUCCCGUGCGUGACAGAAACCUAGGUGAAGGCUCAAGUGGCAGUGGUGAGGUUGCCCUUGGGCUGGCCCAUUUUGCAGAGCGCUCUGCAAACUCCAACAGUUGCAGCAGUAACAACCGCCUUGUUCAAGCUGGCACAUCACGAACACUGAGGCGGCGCUAUUCCACACCGGUCUACGUCCCACCCACACCCAAACCCACCUCUUCUUUUAGUGGAACACCACGCCGCAGUCCACCAAGACCUGUAUGCCGUGCUAUCUGUCGGAAUGGCCAACAGUGUCACACCAGUGCAUCUGUGGGCAGUGAUCUGUGUUGGAGACACACCUCCUGAUCAUCGUUUUGCUGAUACUGAAAGUUAUUAAAGCAGUGAAUCAUUUGCACAUUGCUGUCUUGCUGGGUGUGGCACCAUGUUGUAAUGUGGCUGGUGGGUACCAGUCUCUUGGAGCCUCGUGGUGGAAACGGCUUCACCUUCCAUAACGGGAAUUUCUUUUCCAGCCACAUAUGCACAGCAGCAAAACGAGCAACAAGAAGAGGGCAUGGCGGUCACUGAAGCAGAUUGUUGCUCAAGAGAGGGCAUUGCAGUGGGGAGAAGAUUUUGUGCACUGUAAGAGAACAAAUUCAUGGAGG